CACGUCGCCAUGUCACGAUACAUCGUGUGCAUAUUUAUCGUUACGAUUCUUGUUCAUAUUAAAGGGCAAUCGAAGGUGACGGGAAAAGAUAUAAAGUGCGAAAAGAACGAAGAAAUGAACGUGUGUGGAAAAUUGUGCGAGGCAACUUGCAACAACCCAAACUCGGAUUUCGAACUUUGCCCUCCGAUCCCAUGCAACUCGGAAAUCACGAGAGAUUGUCGAUGCACGUACGGUACUGUGAGAAACGAAAAGACCAAGGCUUGCAUACCGCUCUCAAAAUGUCCCAACAUUCUUUAGAAAUCGAGUCGAUAACGUCAA